GCCAACCGUCACCGGAUAACGCCCGUCCGGAGAUGCAACCUCGCGGCAUGUUCCAGCAAAUACGUGCUGUCACAGAGUAACAACAUGUGACUUACAGGAAAGGGACAGUCUGUGCGUCCCUGAUGUAGAGAGGCAUGUCAGCAUUUCAAAAUGCCUGGUGUAAGGUCUGAGCACCUCUUAUCCUCAGUCAGCCAUUGAUUUUCAUUACAUUUCUAUACCGUGGGCUUUGCAUAUACAUACUUAAUUUAAACUAUAGUUACCGUCCCUUUAACACGUUUAGGUGCAGGGCACAACAUGAUCACCAUUUACCAGAUAACUGGUGAUCAAAUAUGCAUGUGGCUAUUUGCAUCACGCACUCUUGGCUGUUGGACACAAACGUUUAUUUUGCACUUUUUUUUUGUUGGUGUUUUGUGUCAUUGUGGGCUAUGUUUGAAAUCAACAAGAAGGACUGCUAUAUAGCAAGCAUAUUUCAUUUGUAUAUGAUUUUGUGUUUAAUAAUACAAAGCACCUACUGAAUCUUUUACAACCUUUCACACGCAUUCAAGCAUUUCAGAGUUGCCGGCGGUUAGCCUAACCUGCCUGUCAUUAGUUGGAAACCGGAGAAUCCAGACUAUAAAGUAUGAACAUACAAUUAUUGUCCUUUGGAAUUGUUCUUAAACUUACAUUGUCAUUGCAUGGUUUUGCAUUGAAGACUGUUCAAAUAUGUCUGCUUGUUUGCCUGCUUGAUGUUCCUACUGAACCGAUUUGAAAAUCAUUGUUAACAGCAGUUGACUGGAAUAUAAAAACAUUAUAAAUUCAAACUCAGGCUUUGGAAAAUGGUGUCAAGUAAUGUGAGUGUUCUCAUUCAAACCAAAGCCUUGUGCUAAAUGGCUCAACACAUUCCACUCUCUGCUUCCAAUCAGACAAAAAGCAUUUUUUUAAUUUACAUUUAUUUGUAGGUCUCUUCUUUGUCAAUUCUGACUCAUUAAUCAUUGUGGUAUUAAAUGUUUCAAGCCAACAUUUUGUUGAUGCAGUUUCACAUUAAGAACGUUGUUAAAUGAUUGAAGCAGCUAAUGGCCGUGUCAUUUCUUCACCACAAAAGCAUAGAAACUUUGUUAAUGAGGAUAUCAAAAAACUAUAAUAAAAAGAAGAAUAUUUAGUCAUCCUUGCAAGAUAUGGACUUAUUCAACAAACGCUUUUUUGUUUGAACAUUAUACUAAAAGAAGCACAAAGGCAGAACUGAAUACAGCUAUUCACUUCAUCACAUAGUUUCCUCAUCAUGCAGCCCUAAUCUGCACUUUGCUUGAAUGGUUAUGGUUGCUCACGGCAUGGCUCAGAGUGGUGAUACUGGCGGUUAGAAAGUGCUAUUUUAGAUUUUUGUCAUGACUAUAUUGAGUGAACAAGCAUCUUGAUCAUCGGCCCAGCAGAGCUGAUGUUUAGUGGAGGAAGUAAACGUAGUUUCUGGUUAUUGUGGCUGUUGUAGACUCAGCUGGUGUUUCAGAGCUAGUUACACACAUCUGGGGAUCAUGUGGCGCUAUCAGGACAUGUGACACCAUGACACUGACACGCCACGGCUGGUUUAUCACCCGGCGAACGAGCAUGAAUCGGCUUUGCGAGCAGUUAUUUUAUGUCUGUCCAAUAGCAGAGUCCGGUAGCCAACUCUCCCAGGAGGAGCCGCUGAAAUCUGAUGAAGACGAAGGCUCGGCUCUCAGUGGAAACCUUAAGCCCUGUGACGGAUGAAUGGACAUGAAAACAAAAGACUGAGCUGCCUUUGUGCCCUUUGACAACAACACCUUAAGGAUUUUUUUGUAGAAUGUACAACCUUUUACUCCAUUUUUACCGUAAUAUUUUUUUUGGUGGAUUUCAUAGGAUAAUAGAAAUGGAAAUGAGAAGGAGGGAGGAAAGGAAAGUGAGCGGAGUUUGGUGUAAUUAGGAGUCAGGACGUUGACAGACAUUGGCCCGAGCCGGCAGUUUGACCGGCCAGAGGUCCCGGUCGGAUUCCCCCGCUGUGGAGGGGUGCUGGGGCCUGGGCGUGCCAGGACAUUCCGCGUGUCAGAUUCUGUACAGCCAGCCCACUUCUCUCUUAUUUUGUAAUUUCCUUUUGAGAGGACUAGAAGGAAGUACUAUUACUCACUUCUUCCAUAUUCAUUCAGUUCCUUUAAACAGCUCAAGGAAGAAGACGGACCUGUGUGUCUAGCACUGAGUCGUUUUUCUAAUAUUUAUUAAAGAGUUUGUUUUAAAAUGGACUGCUGUAGAAUGAAGGAAGCAGCAGAGCACAACAUGAAAAUGCAUCCCAUGUGGCAGGAACCCCUCGCGAUACCAGGAGGCGAUCGCCAGUCUCCCAUCGACAUCGUGAUCCGGAAGAGCGUCUACGAUUCGGAGCUGAAGCCUCUGGUCACUGAUUACGACCCGCAGACCUGCCAACAGAUCUGGAACAACGGCUACUCCUUCCUGGUGGAAUAUGAUGACACCACAGACAAGUCCACGGUGAAAGGAGGCCCUCUGCAAGACAAAUACCGGCUGUGCCAGUUCCACUUCCACUGGGGGGAGAGCAACGCCUGGGGGUCGGAGCACACCGUAGACAGGAAGCUGUUCUCUGCAGAGCUCCACUUGGUGCACUGGAACUCUGAUAAAUACAGUUUGUUUGAGGAGGCCGUGAUGGAGGAAAACGGGCUGGCUGUCAUUGGAGUCUUUCUGAAGGUGGGAAAGAGACACGAAGGGCUGCAGAAGCUGGUAGACGCCCUGCCUGCUAUCAGACACAAGAACAGUGUAGUGGAUUUUAACCGGUUCGACCCAGCCUGUCUGUUACCCAGCAACACUGACGACUACUGGACCUACCACGGCUCUCUGACCACCCCCCCUCUCACUGAGUCCGUCACCUGGAUGGUGAUGAAGCAGCACAUCGAAGUCAGCCAUGACCAGCUGGCGGUGUUCCGCAGCCUUCUCUUCACCGCAGCUGAUGAGGAAGUGCAGAAGGGCAUGGUGAACAACUUCCGCGUGCAGCAGUCUCAGUGCGGCCGCACCGUGCGCUCCUCCUUCUCUCCCUUCCUGCAGGAGGCGCCGUCGGCUGAAGAGGGCAAACACUGACGCCGCUGGAGCCAGAACACACAGUAAAACACACCGUUACUCUGUGCCCGGACUCUGCUUUCCUUUUUUACUCCUUUUUAAGCUUGAUGACGUUUCAUCACAGGAUCUUCAGUUUUACUGCAAAUGGAUUUAUUUUUUAAUACAAACCAUUUUUGAUUUUGGUGCAGACUAAAUCGCAAGAAAGGAUGGUUGCUGUGGGGGAAAUACUUUGUUUAACUGACUUUUCUUUAACAGAAAUCCUAUUUAUUCUACAUUAACAGUCCAUUAGUUACAGCACAUGUGGGUUUUACCUGCAGCUCAGCGUAGAACGAGCUUAGGAAACAAAUCAGCAGCACCAUGUGCUGGCCGCAGUCUGUGCUACACCUCUCACUUCCUCUGUGAUGUUUAUAUCCAUACAAUGAUACAGCAGGAAGCCCAGGAGAUUUAAAGUCAUCAAGGGCUUUUAAUCCUGUAUGGCGGGUUGUUGGGUUUAUCGUAGAUGUUAUCAUGUAUACAUUAAUAAGAUGAUUAGAAUGUAUGUUUUUAAAAGUGUUAUGAAGAGAUGAUACUGUGUAUAGGACAUCUGACAUUCAGAAACCCUCGUUUCUUACAGUAUGUGACGUUCAAACAUCCCUCACAUACGGAAGGGUUUUAAAAGAACCAUUACUUUGCGCACACAAUAAUGCCAGGUCACUGUAGCACAUACAUGCAUUUUAGGAAAAAGCUGAUUGAGAGAAGCCGUUCCCUCCCAAUAUCCUUCUUUCUUUCUCUUCUUUUUUACAGGAGUUUCAAGUAUUCAAACUACAGUGCCUUAAAUAUUCCAAAUCACUGCCAUGAGUUUCACCAAUACAGGACUUCAGGAGUCAGACACUGGUAGAGGAAUUGGUUAACCCAGCGGUUCCCAACCUUUUUCAGUCAGGCCCCCCUUGUGUAAUUGGAAACAUUUCCGAGCCCCCCCUAAUCCGAUUCCCACCGAGAUUGGUAGAUUGAAUUGUAUAUAGUUGUACAAACAUUACAUUUUCUCUGCUAAUUAUAACAAGAUAAAAAGAUCCAACUAUAAUGUUAUAUUUUAUUAUGGAUUGAACGUGAACAAAAGUGCUUGUAUUGGAAGAUGAUCCUGUUCCACUGUGAAUAAUGAGGCCUAAUUGAAACAAUUACAAAUACUGCUUAUCGAUCGGGUUCUUUAACAGUAUUUUUACAAGUUGUUUUUUAGGGGGAAAACUAAACAAAGUAGAAACAGAAUUCACAUUGAUUCAUUUUAUGUAUAGUGUGGAUUAUGGGCUGCUGGCACACAUAACAUAGGCCUACCUGUAGUGGUGGUAGUAAGUAGAUUUACUCAAGUACUGUACUGUAUAUUGAGGUACUUAAGUGUUAAGUAUUUCCACUUUUGCUUCUUUGUACUUCUGCUCCUCUACAGUUCAGAGGUACAUGGUGUACUUCUACUCCACUACAUGUAUUUAAUACCUUUAGUUACUUCACAGAUGUGGAUGAAUGAUGUGAAAUAUAAUCAACUCUUAAAUCAGACGUUAGUUACACCUGGAGUAAAUUCACAAGCUACCCUGCAGUCUACUACUUUUACUUAAGUACUUGAUCUGAGUACUUCUCCCACCUUACACGUAAUUGGGGCAACAGAACUCCGAGUUAAGGAAGUUGAAAACGGUGCAUUUCUCCGUAUGAAUAUGAUGCCUUUUGGCCAGCUGAUGGACAGAUUGCUCGUGUUUCCGCGAAAAUACUUAUGGCAAACGAGCAUUGACCACAUCGAGCUCUGUAGAUUGUCACUUUUGAAUGCUCUGUUGUCCUCCGGCAGAUCUCUGUGUGCACGGUGCUGCAGCGAGUCUGUGCACCCCCCCACACACACACACAGAUCUUCACCCUUGAAAAAGAGAUCUUUUGAUCUCAAGGGGCUUUCACCUGGUUAAAUAAAGGCUACAAACAAACAGGCGAGAGAGAGAGAGAGAUCCCCGCACCGAACACGUUAGAUGUCAAGGGAGAUGGAUGCCUCAUCAUACUUUGUUGAUUUUGGCAUUAUAGCUGAAAGGCAUGUCGUGGGCUCGUCCACUUUUCUUUUAACUGCCGGUUGUGUUAAAAAUGUGUCCAUUUUAUUGAUUUUACGAGCAAACAAUGUUUGUUUACAACUUCUUCCCAAGUUCACGCGCCCCUCCUGCAAUAGCGCUGCGCCCCCCAGGUUGGGAACCACUGGGUGAACCUGUGGAUAACUAGCUGUUCAGGUCCUCUCAAGGCUAUCUCUGGAGGGAACUGCUGUCUCUGGUUUGGUUGGUUGAAUGCUGUCUUGUUCACAUCUGUCUGUUUAAUGUUUGUGGCUGAGAUUAAUCAAGUGAGAUGGUUGAACAAAUUGAAAAGUUACUGUUGUGGUUCGGGAAAUAAUUACAAGUAUUUUACUGUAACGUAGAAUCUCGGAAGUAGUUUAAAUGUCUUCAAUCUUUUUAAAUUGAAGUCAAACUGAGGUGACGCAGUGGGACCAACUGACUACAAUUUCCUCGUGAAUCACAACGCCUGUCAAGCACUUUGUUUAUAUUGGCUUUCACUGCUUCCCAACUAAAAGUAAUCUCCCAUUUCUUUCGGGGGAAAUGAAUGGUUUCUUUUACACAACUCAAAUUAGCAUCUACUAUUAGCAGCGGCUACUACAAUUCCAAGCCUUCGUGAUUUUAAUAAGAGCUAAACAAGUUUGUAACACCCAAGAAAUGUUUGCACAAAUACUUCCAUCGUCAUAACUUGUUUUUAUGCAUCUCUAAAACAAAAUCUGUGUUAUCUCUGCCGGUUUAAAUCUCGUACAGCGUAUACUGUUAUUACAGACAUGUCCGACCCAUGGGAGUAUGGGAAAUGGUGUUCAAUUAAAGGCCACUAUAAACCACAUAUUGUUAAACAAUGAUAGUAGGGUGAUUCAAGGAAAAAACUGUAAAGCUCUUUUUGCUGAUGCUGGAAUUUUGUUUGAUUUUCCACUUUUAAAAUGUAUUUUUUACUAAAAAUCAAAAGCUCUACUUUACUGCGGCUUUAUUUUAUCUUCUUAACGAACACUUCAUGUACCUUAUGACGGGUUUACGGUCAUCUACAUAAAUCAAACCCUCCUUUGUCUUGUUCACUUGAUCCAACAACUCUGCAGGGAAAAAAAGAAAGCAGAUGAAGAUUUUGUCAUUUGAAUAGAAAGGGCAUCUUAUGCAAUCUUGCAUCAUAUAAAGAAGUCUGGCAGUGUGCCUGUUUGGCUCCUGUCCAGUAUAGCUGCUGUACUCUGGGUGAAUCUUACUAUGCAGCGCUAUUAGAGAGAGAAGGGUUGGUUUGAAGAAAAGAGAGUAGGGCGGAUACAAAGUUACAGGGAGUAACCCAACUUGGAAUGAUCUGUAAUUCCUCAGAUAUGCCUGGUCAUACGUCUUUUACUUUAGAAGAGGAAUUUGCACUAAAAUCCAGAAACCUGCUUGUAUCUGGCUCCUUCUAGUUUCCUCUGUUGACGUACAGUUGAGUUGGGGGAGGGGUGGGAGGUCCCGGCUGUCUUUAUAAUCCUAAGGGAACAAUGCAACAGUCCAAAGGGGGCCUAAGCUUCUUAGAAAUAGCCGUUCCUUCCCUCCUGCCCAUCAGGCAUUCAAACCCUGCUCCCUCUCCCCCUCUCCCCCUGGCCCCCGUGGACGCCAUAUUCUGAAUGAACGGCCUUCAAAUGCAUGUCAAAGAUCCGACUUUAUGCAGAUGAUGCUGUUAUAAAGGCUUCAGAUUUGCUAGAUAGACCCUGACAAGAGUGCACGUUUUGGGAAUGUUUCAUGGCUGCUUUUUUCUUUUCUUACACAUUCAGUGUUUCAUGGAGACGAGGGACUCAGUACUGCCUUCAUCUCGCUCAACCAUGUAUUUGAAAUUGUGCCCCAUUGACUGCCUUCAUCCUCCAUGGCAUUUACUCAUAUUCUUUUUUUGAAUGCCUUUUUUCAAACUUGAAUUCAAUGUCAAUUAUUCCAAUGCAAAUGUUGGGGAAAAUGUCCGUCUACAUUGCCUUUUUUUGCAGAUUUGUAUCACUGUCCGCCUUUCUAACCAUAUUAUAGGACUCCGUCAUGAUGCUGUAUUUUUCUCAUUACACCAUGGAUACUUGUUCCAUGCCAUGUGUAGCCCAGUGUGAUGUUUUAGCAGGUGUAUGCAGUACAUAUUGAGCUGUUUAUUUGUUUAGUGGGCGCCGACAUUCCCGCCCCGUGGGGCUUCAGCUGGCCCCUCUCCCCUCCCAGCAUGCUUUGCUCCACCUGGAUGGCUCCUUAUAGGCAGCUGUGCAACCAUGAUGUGUUUUUCUCCCUGCUCCAGAGGGGUGGAGGGAGAAUGUUGAAAACCACCCAAAGGUGUCACAUGAUAUAGAUGUAAAAAUGAUUGUAAAGAAACUGAUAUAUAUAUAUAGAUGGUGUAUAACAAUAAAGUAUGUGUGAUGUGAAAAGGA